AUUCUGGUGGUUUGUGAAUACCUUGAUGUGUUCCCGGAAGACUUGCCAGGCAUGCCUUCCGAUCGGGAUAUUGAGUUUGUCAUUGAGUUACAGCCCGUCACCAUCAAAAACAAAUAUCCACUCCCUCGUAUUGAUAUUCUUUUUGAUCAACUAGCCGGAGCUAAGGUAUUCUCAAAAAUAGAUCUUCGAUCUGGCUAUCGUCAGAUAAAAAUCAGACCGGUGGAUAUACCAAAAACAGCCUUCUCUACUCAUUAUGGGUUAUACGAGUAUUUGGUGAUGUCCUUUGGAUUAACCAAUGCUCCAGCUUAUUUCAUGUACCUCAUGAAUUCGGUAUUCAUGCCGGAGUUAGACAAGUUCGUCGUGGUCUUCAUUAAUGAUAUCUUGAUCUACUCCAAGAAUGAGGAAGAACAUGCUCAUCAUCUUCGCAUACCAAUGACUGAACUUCUUAAGAAGGGUGUCAAAUUCUAUUGGAGUGCUCAAUGUGAGGAAGCUUUCCAGAAAUUGAAAACACUUCUCACUUUGGCUCCAAUCUUGGCCCAGCCUGAUACUACAAAACCAUUCGAUGUCUACUGUGAUGCCUCGGGCACAGGACUUGGCUGUGUUCUGAUGCAAGAGAACCGGGUGAUUGCUUAUGCAUCUCGAUCGCUCAAGCAUCACGAAGAAAACUAUCCCACUCAUGAUCUUGAAUUAGCAGCUAGUCUCAAAUAUCUUUUCACUCAAGCUGAUUUGAACAUGCGUCAAAGAAGAUGGCUUGAGUUGAUUAAAGAUUACGAGCUCGAAGUGCAUUAUCAUCCAGGCAAGGCAAAUGUGGUUGCCGAUGCGCUAAGUCGCGAAUGGAAAUGGGAAGAUAUAAGUAUGGAUUUCAUCGUCGGCUUACCUCGAACUCAAAAGGGUUAUGACUCUAUUUGGGUUGUGGUCGACAGGCUAACUAAAUCGGCACAUUUUCUCCCAGUUAAGACGACGUACUUGACCAAGCAAUAUGCGGAAUUGUACAUGGAUCGCAUACUAUGUUUACAUGGUGUGCCAAAGACUAUCAUUUCCGAUCGAGGAACUCAGUUCGUUGCUCGUUUUUUGGAGCAAUUACAUGCUUGCUUGGGAACGCAUCUUAUUCGCAGCUCUGCAUAUCACCCUCAAACAGACGGCCAGACCGAGAGGAUAAAUCAAAUUUUGGAGGAUAUGCUCCGUGCUUGUGUCUUGACCUAUCCACAGAAAUGGGAUCAAUGUUUGCCAUUAGCUGAAUUCUCCUAUAACAAUAGUUAUCAAGAGAGCAUCAAAAUGGCACCAUUUGAAGCAUUAUACGGUCGUCGAUGCCGUACACCUCUCAAUUGGUUUGAAACCGGAGAAAGAACAAUCUUUGGGCCCGACAUGGUUCAAGAGGCCGAAGAACAAGUCCGUCUUAUCCAAGCCAACUUAAAGAUUGCACAGUCUCGACAGAAGAGCUAUGCGGAUAAAAGAAGGGAUCCACUCGUCUUUAAAGUCGGUGACCACGUCUAUCUGAAAGUCUCACCUUGGAAAGGCGUGCAAAGGUUCGGAAUAAAAGGAAAGCUAGCUCCCCGCUACAUCGGUCCAUACCCAAUUGUGGAACGAUGCGGUCCGGUGGCUUAUCGGUUGAAUCUUCCAGUGAAUCUUUCUGUAGUUCAUAACAUUUUCCAUGUGUCACAACUCAGAUUGUGCCUUAGAGUUCCGACGGAAGCUGUUGAAAGUGACUCGAUUCAAUUAGAGUCUGAUCUCACCUAUCCUGAGCAUCCUAUCAAGAUUAUUGAUCGCAAGGAUCGAGUUACUCGUCGCACC